AGGCGAACGUGGAAUCCGGAGAGGGCGGACGUUCCGGCAUCUCGCGCGCAGAUGACUCUCGGACUGUCCGCGGUGACGGCGUACUUGGCCGCGAUCCUUCCGCCGCCGCGAUCAACGCGCGAGAUCCUUCAGCCCUCCGCCGGAAAGGACACAUUUAUGCACGUGAGUGCCGAAGGUUCCAUCGAUCUCCCCGGCGAUAUCGACGAGUAACAGGCGGGUCCGUCCACCUUGUUGGCUCUCUCUCUCUCUCUCUCUCUCUCUCUGUCUCUCCUCCUCCCUCUUUCCCUCUCUGCCGCUCCGCGUCACCACCGCUCGAACGCGGCGUCGCGACGCCCGUGACGACGAGUCCGGAGCGCCGCGCAGAUCGGAGCAUCAGGACCCUAGGCCUGGAAGAGAGCGAUGACAAGGAUCGCGAACCACCUGUGAACCACAGCUUUGCACCGCAAGUCAAGACGCAGGAGUGCCUCUGGGAUUAUGAGCGUGCGUCCGCCUGUGUGAUUGAUUGUGCGACGCGACUGGUGAAACGUACGACAGUGUGUGGCGGCUGCAGAGGUGUCCGGUGAGAUAUCAAAGUGGCCGACGGACGUCGUUGUCGUCGAGGCGACUCAUGUCUGACAGGGAUUUCGGUAGGAGCUGCUCUCCGUAUAAAAUUCUCAGCUACUUGUAGGCGUGAAGGGCGCUCUCGUAAAUUUGCUGCCAGUUGUGGCGCAAUUUUGUAGAUUUCUUCUGGGGGAAAUCGUGAUGUAUCUUGCCCUCGCCGUCUUUGCUAACGACCGGUGAUUUCUGACGACUGUGAUGAAAUGUGCAGCCGUUGAACAGAUCGUAGCUGCCGAAUGUUGUCACGAGCGAGGCGGGAAGAUCUGGAUUUAUCGAGAGAGCAACGUUCUCGGGAAAGUUGCACACGUGUAACUCUCGUAAAGAUUAAACAUUGAUGGUUGGAGGAUCAAGGAUAACAAACAUGAAAUACUUGAAAGUCGCGUUAUUCACGUUCAAUCUGUUAAUAUGGUUGGCCGGCUGCACGGUACUCGUUAUAGGCGCGUGGCUGCUCCUGGAGCCCAGCAAGGGAGACAUCCUCAAUCUGUUCAUACCUAACAUCAAGCCGCACGAGACUAUCAAUUUGAUAGCCUACAGCCUCCUCGGGCUCGGCUUCAUCGUGCUCACGGUCGGCUUCUUCGGCUGCCGCGCCGCGCUACGCGGCAAUCAGUGCAUCAUCACCACCUAUAUGAGCAUGCUGGCCGCGCUAAUCAUCACGGAACUGGUGAUGGCUGCCAUCGGCGGGCUGAUGACUUACCAGAUCUUGUCCGACCUCGAGGGGAGACUCAGCAGCAAGCUGACGGUGCAAUACGGUCAUGAUCCGACCAGCGACGUCCCCUUCAGCCGGAGCCUGGACUUUGCGCAAUACAAGUUUAAUUGCUGCGGAAUUUACGGCGACGAGGAUUACAACGGCACGGCCUGGUGGAGAGAUGCGCAAAUCUCGGGGACCAAGAGGCAGGUUCCUCUAACGUGUUGCGUUCUCAAAAAUACCGAGAAUAAGAACACGGGCAGCCCGAUGAGCGUCGUCUCCAGGGUGUUUCACAAAAAUAUCGAGAAGCCGUGGCUGCAUCCGCAGCCGAAGGAUGAGGCUGCGUGUCAAGUAGGAGACAAAGAGGGUCACGAGGGAUAUAGACACAAAGAAGGCUGUCUCGGGAAAGUCUCGAACUGGCUGCAGAGCGAGAGCUUCACCCUGGUGUUCCUCGGCAUGGCGAUGGCAGGGAUACAGACAUUCGGGAUAAUAACGUCCGCCUUCCUCUGUCGGACGAUACGGGACAUGCAGGAUGAAUGAUCCACCCUCCUCAGAAUGAUACGCGACUGCAAUGCAAUAAGAAGAAUGGCGCAGCAGUGACAACACUGACAUAAAGAGAAAGAGUGAGAGACGGGCCAGAGAGAGAGAGAGAGAGAGAGAG